AAACUCAUCCUCAUUUUGGGUGUGUUUGGUUGCAUCCAAUUAGACUGAUUGAUCACGAAUAUAUCAUGAAAUUUCGUAGUUCAUGCCAAUUUACACUGAUUAAUAAGGAAAUUUCAUGAUAUUUUGGUGCAACCAAACGCAAUCUUAGAGAAGGGCUUUAUUCAUUUUCUAUAAACCUCUCUCUCAAGUGAGCUAAGGAGAAACCAUGGCAGUCGGAUUCGCCAUGAAAAGCGAAAGCGCCCGCUACAAUGGAAGGAUGACCCCCUUUGUUCUCCUCUCAUGUGCCAUGGCAGCCAUGGGUGGAGUCAUCUUCGGCUACGAUAUUGGAAUUUCAGGUGGGGUCACUUCCAUGGCACCGUUCUUGAAGAAGUUCUUCCCUGAAGUCUACAGAAAGAUGAAUGAAGACUCCAAAAUCAGCAACUAUUGCAAAUUCGACAGCCAGCUCCUCACCUCAUUCACCUCGUCUCUAUACAUCGCCGGCCUUAUCGCCUCCUUCUUGGCUUCAACGGUCACACGUGCUUUCGGGCGCAAGCCGUCAAUAAUUGCCGGUGGGGCUGCUUUCCUCGCUGGUGCAGCUCUCGGAGGCGCUGCCGUGAACAUCUACAUGCUUAUCUUAGGUCGGGUCUUGCUCGGAGUCGGUGUCGGAUUCGCAAACCAGUCAGUCCCACUAUAUCUAUCAGAAAUGGCGCCACCUCGUUACAGAGGAGCAAUCAACAAUGGCUUCCAGUUCAGCAUCGGAAUCGGAGCUCUCUCCGCAAACCUCAUCAAUUUCGGCACUGCAAAGAUCAAACAAGGCUGGGGUUGGCGCAUCUCUCUCGCUAUGGCUGCAGUUCCAGCUUCAAUCCUAACCCUUGGCGCCCUCUUCCUUCCCGAAACUCCCAACAGCCUCAUCCAGCGUAGCAACAACCACCAAAAGGCUGCAGACAUGCUGAAGAAGAUCCGAGGCACGACAGACAUCCAAUCAGAGCUGGACGAUCUCAUCAAAGCCAGUGCAGUUUCAAAAACCAUCAACCACCCAUUCCAAAAGAUCAUUCAAAAGAGAUACAGGCCUCAACUGGUAAUGGCAAUUGCAAUCCCAUUCUUCCAACAGGUAACUGGAAUCAAUGUGAUUGCAUUCUACGCUCCUCUCUUAUUCCGAACGAUCGGGCUUGGCGAGAGCGCUUCGCUCAUGUCAGCGGUGGUGACUGGACUCGUUGGCACCAUCUCAACCUUCAUAUCAAUGAUGAUCGUCGAUCGAUUAGGCCGACGGGUUCUGUUUAUGAUUGGAGGAGUUCAGAUGUUCAUCUCCCAAAUGAUGAUUGGAGGAAUAAUGGCAACUCAGCUCGGCGAUCAUGGCGGGUUGAGUAAAAGCUCCGCCUAUCUUGUUUUGAUUUUGAUCUCCAUCUACGUAGCUGGUUUUGGGUGGUCUUGGGGUCCAUUGGGGUGGUUGGUUCCAAGUGAGAUAUUUCAGAUGGAGAUAAGAUCAGCUGGACAGAGCAUUACUGUGGGAGUGAGCUUUGUGUUCACUUUCAUUGUUGCUCAGACAUUCCUAUCUAUGCUCUGUCAUUUCAAGUCUGGGAUAUUUUUCUUUUUUGGAGUAUGGGUGGUGGUGAUGACCGGAUUCAUCUACCUGUUGUUGCCUGAGACUAAGAACAUGCCUAUUGAAAAGAUGGAGGAGGUGUGGAGAGAGCAUUGGUUUUGGAAGAGGUUUGUGGCAGAUGGAAAUAGGCAUGGGAUGGAGUCAAGCUUGUGAAGCACACCCUCUCUAUACACCGAAACAUUGAAAUAAUGGUGGCUGUGAUUCUAAUGGGAGAAAGGUUGUGUUUGGAUGCAUUAUUGGAUUUAAUUGCAAUAACUAGUACAAUGAAGAGGAAAUUAUCCAAUUGAAAUUGCUUUCCUAAGUAUUCAUGUUAAGGGACUAGCACAGAUUCCAAUUGUUUUAAUUUCAAGUAGGGUUUGAGCGUUAGACAACGAUGAUUUAGCUGUAUCCUCUUUAUUUAACUAAUUUAGUGUCAUUCAUUCGAGCAAUGCAUCCAAUCUCACAAUGUAGGUCUGGAAAUUUUCAAAAUGCAUGAGUGAACAAUAUGAAGAAAUAGUUUACCUUCCAUAAAUAAAGAAUUGAUUGAAAUCUUAUAAAUAGGAAACUCGAAGAACUUUUUUUU